AUGGCGUUUCUUGACAUUGAACACCUGGAGAAAAUCUUCGGCCCGAACCGUGUGGUGAAGGAUUUCAACCUUGGCAUCGACAAGGGCGAAUUCAUCUCGCUGCUCGGCCCGUCCGGCUGCGGCAAGACCACCGUGCUGCGCAUGGUGGCCGGCUUUGAAACGCCAAGCUCGGGCGCCAUCCGCCUCGACGGCAAGGACAUGGUCGGCCUCAAGCCCAACCAGCGCAACAUCGGCAUGAUGUUCCAGGCCUAUGCGCUGUUCCCGAACCUGACUGUUGCGCAAAAUGUCGGAUUCGGCCUGAAGAUCGCCGGCAUGAACCGUGCCGACAUCGACAAACGCGUUGCAGAAAUGCUGAAGCUGAUUGGCCUGUCGGAGCUUGGCGACCGUUAUCCGUUCCAAUUGUCCGGCGGGCAGCAACAACGUGUGGCGCUCGCCCGCGCACUCGCCGUCCAGCCGCGCGUGCUUUUGCUGGACGAGCCAUUGUCGGCUCUUGAUGCCAAAAUCCGCGUGUCGUUACGCGAGGAAAUGCGCUCGAUCCAAAAGAAGAUGGGCAUCACGACCAUCUUCGUC